GCGGCCCCCGCCGCCCUUCCCCUGGGCGGAUGGCGGGGGAAGCAGGCGGCUCUUUGUUCCCGCCGUGUGCGCGGCGCUCCGGCUGCCGGAGUGGGAGGGGAUCCCACUCGCGUCCUUGUCGCCGCUGACGGGAGGCGCAAAAGCGGCGGCGGAGCGGGGGUGGGCAGAGCGGCGCAGGGCCGGGCCGGGCCCCCAGCGCGGUGAGCGGCGCUCCCCUGCGCUCCCGCCUCCCUGCCGCCCGCGGGGGCCGGGCGCUGCCCUCCGGCGGCGCGGCGGAGCAGGUGCCGGCGGCGGGCCGGUAGGCAGGCAGGCAGGAUGGAGGCUGCCUUGCUGAAGCCUGCGAUGAUGGCGGAGGUGAAAGGGAGCGGCGCCGGCUCCUCCGUCAGCGCCGAGCUGGAGGUGAAGAAGCUGCAGGAGCUGGUGCGGAAGCUGGAGAAGCAAACCGAGCAGCUCCGGAGCCGCGCUGCCGCUGCCGCGGUGGCCGCCGGCCCGCCCAGCCCGCACCUGCUGCUGGCCCCGCCGCCGGCCCCCGGUGCGCUGCGCCCCGCCAGCCCCCCCUGCGCGGCGGGCGGCGGUGGGGUCGCGUCGUGCAUGCCCAGCCCGGUGCCCACCCUGCUGUGCGCCGCCGCGCUGGGCCCGCCGGAGCCCCUCGCCUAUUUCAAGCCCUCGCCCGGCCUGCCGGCGGCCGGCGGCGGGGGACAGGAAGCCAGCGGUGGCGGCGGCGGUGGUCCGGGGGCGGUGGCGGUGGCGGCCACGGUGCUGGACGAAGUGGCGGUGCUGGAGCUGGAGGACGGCUGCUGCGGACAGGACGAGGAUACAUGGUUGUACGUCUUGCCUACCAAGACUCUCACUCCUCAAGAGAAAUCACUGAGUCCUCUGCAGUGGUGCAGGCGUGUUCUGGAUCAUCCAAGUCCUGAGAUAGAGGCUGCAAAACGUUCCCUAUGCUUUAGAUUGGAACAAGCUAGCCGAUGGCGGAACCUCUUCUCUACACCUGUCUCCUUGGCUUUUCCCUAUAGUCCUGUUGCAAGACUCACCCCAUAUACCAAUGGCUUUAAUAGUCCCAGCUUCUCUAAAACCUCCAGUAAAGCAAUACUAACACCUGAACGGACAGGUUACAUUUCUAGGAGUUCACCUUUGAGCCCACAGUCAUCCAUAGACAGUGAACUGAGCACCUCGGAGCUGGAGGAUGAUUCCAUCUCCAUGGGAUACAAGCUGCAGGACCUCACCGAUGUUCAGAUCAUGGCUCGUCUACAAGAGGAGAGCCUUAGGCAAGAUUAUGCUUCGACUUCAGCGUCUGUGUCAAGGCACAGUUCGAGCGUCUCUCUGCAUGCGGGAAAGAAAGGGACGUGCGGUGACCAGGAAUACGAUCGCUAUAGUCUUGAGGACGAGGAAGAGUUUGACCACCUCCCGCCUCCGCAGCCGCGGCUGACUCGCUGCUCCCCCUUCCAGAGAGGGAUUCCUCACUCACAGACUUUCUCCAGUAUCCGGGACUGCAGGAGGAGCCCUACCUCCCCGCACUUCCCUUCCAGUACUUAUCAGCAGCCCUACUACUCUCCUCAAGCCCAAACUCCAGAGCAGCAACCAAAUAGGAUUAAUGGAGAUAAACUUCGAAGAAGCAUGCCUAACCUCGCACGGAUGCCAAGUACCCCCACCAUUAACAGUAAUGCUGGCUUUGCUAGUUCUCCAGUCACUGUGAGGAACAGUCAGAGCUUUGACUCCAAUUUGCACGGAGCCAGUAAUGGGAUUUCAAGGAUGCAGUCGUGUAUUCCAUCACCAGGACAGCUUCAACACAGAGUUCACAGUGUGGGACAUUUUCCAGUGUCUGUCAGACAGCCUCUCAAAGCUACUGCCUACGUAAGCCCAACCGUACAAGGUGGUGGUAGCAGUAGUAGUAGUAGCAGCAGCAGUAUUCCAGUGUCCAACAACUUGCAGUUAUAUUCUAACACUGGGAUCCCAAUGCCAAACAAGACUGCCAGUCAAGGGAUUGUAGGGCGCAGUGCUCUUCCAAGACCAUCGCUGGCCGUCAAUGGGAGUGGCAUACCCAGAAGUAAAAUUGCACAGCCAGUUCGAAGUUUUCUUCAACCUCCAAAGCCACUUUCGUCACUCAGCACGAUGCGGGAUGGGAACUGGAGAGACGGCUGCUAUUGAUGAGGGAUGCCCAUCAACAGUGGAAAAUAAAUAAUGCGGAUUUCAUUACCCAGCUGGCUGGGUAACAAUGAUUUGGGAAAGGAGGGUCAUACAGUAUUAUUUCCCCUGGGAUUUUAAUAUGUAACCAUCCAUAAUGCAAUGUCAUUUUUAAAAAAUGAACAUCUUAUCAAGUACUAAAUACUGCACUUAAUCAGUUACCUGAACAGCUGCGUUGUUAUCAGACUAACAAUGGCAGUGCUGGCAUUUGGAACUGAAGAAAAUAUUAUGUGCGAAGUACCAGAAUAUUUCCUUGGAAAGAACUAGGAGAUAAUGCUUUUCAGGCAGCUCUGCUGUACUGAAUUUAUGAAGUAACUUAUUCAGUGUAAAGGCAUCAUGCAUUUUACUUUGAAUUUUGGGGGGGGCUUAUGUAUGUGCUUGAAUUUUUUUCUAGUGUUUCCAGUACAUUUUAUUUUGUAUACUUCAGUUCAUUUAAACUUGCCUGAACCUUGAACAACAGAGAGAUAAUUUAACUUUUCUGUGCCAUAAAUAAUAUUUUUGGGGUAAUGUACUUUUUUUAGCGCUAGGAACAUAUCUUACAAAAUCAUACCAUUGGCAAUACAAAGCAGUAUAUUUAUGUUGCAGAAGCACAAAAAAGUAGCAUUCACUGGAAAUUGCCAUCCAGCUGGGUCAGCAUGGUUUGUUGGUCUUUCACCAUUUGUUCAAUUGUUAAUUUAUUGUCAUAGUGGUUUGUAUUUAAAAAGGCAGCAUAAGUCACAUUGCACUUACAAAGAUACAGUGAUCUCUAAAACUACAGUUGGUUUUCAGUACUUUAUUACAAAGAAUAAAAUUGUAAUGUUUUAUUAACAGUUGCUUAUGGAAAAUGAGUUUUAAUGCGAAUAAAUCUUUUUGAUAGAUCUUUUACAAAAUCCAAUUGCACUAAUCAAUGCUUUCUUAUAAUGGCACAUGACUUAAUAUUUGAUUACAACUGUGUA